AUGUCUACGCUGCCUCGUGAAUUAUUAGCAAAUACCGUCGACCGAGCCGAUUCCAGACUGGUCGGAUGGCUGAUCAGUUUGCCCAAGUGGAAGCAACAGUUGGUCGAUUCUGGUGGCGCUGUAGAUAUGAUUCUCUUCCAUGCAAUGGCCUACGCUCACAGUUUGAGGAUAAGAAUGCAGCUGCCCCUCGGAGCCUUGGAUCUCGGUAUCCGAGAUCUCUUGAGUCUUGGUCCGCUCUUCAAGACACGCGAGUCACCACCGUCUCGGAAUCCAGUAUCUCACACUGCGCCAUACCAGUGGCUCGAGUGCUCGACAGCGCUCCAAGCAGGACUUUCAACCAUCGGCUUGUUCAACUUUUCGCUGCCUCCAGCCAAGUACAGUCCGGCUUGCAUAAUCGGACUACGAGGGGCUGCGCUGCCCCUACUCGACGCAAAGAUGUAUGGGGCAGUCCAGUCGCCCGCCUUGCGAGAGAAGCUUGACCUCCUGUUGGGCGUCUUGAAGGUUGCCGGAGAGAUGUGGCCCAUUGCGAAGAACAUUGGUAACGAGGUGAAUGACUUGCUGAGAGACAUGGACGCCACGAGCCACCGUAACAUGGUCCCGCACUUUGACCCGUGUCUAGAUGCCUUCAUCAACGACAUGACAUCUUCGGGGAAUGCGGAAGAGCCUAGUAUGUUCGCUUUUUCCGAACCACGGACCGCGGACGAAAUGCUUCACUGGAGUACGGGCUUGACUGGAACAUUUCAAGUCUGA